AUGGUGAAGAAGAGCAGAGAUGAGUACGAGUGCAGAGACAAGAAAACGCUGCAAAAGGAAAGCGUAGAGGCUGCUUUGCUGAUUUGUGCCACUUGGCUUAGGUACGAGACUCUCUUAGAGGAGCAGAAGCGCACCGUUGUUUCCUUUGUUGAACAUAAUGAUGCAUUUGUAACUUUUCCAACUGGCUUUGUGGCUCUACUAGUCAGCCCACUAAAUGCUCUCAUGUCUGAUCAAGUACAAUUAUUGAAAUCUAAGGGGAUAUCAGCUGUUUUUUGUGAGUACGGUGACAAGGAAGAACACAAAUCUCUAGUAUCAGGCGUAACAUUUCAAAUUGUUUUUACUCCUGAAAUUCUUUUUGAUAAGAACUGGACAGAAUUUUUUCGUAGUGCAUCAUUGCAUGACAGAUUGGUGGCUUUUAUUGUGGAUGAAGCUCACUGUGUAAAGAAAUGGGGUAAAGAUUUUCGGAAAGAUUAUAGUAAAUUGAGUGGUUUGCAUGGAUUAUUGCCAUCUGGUGUUCAUUUUGUGGCCCUUACAGCCACUGCAUCCAACUUCACUAGAAAUGAAGUAAUUCGUUCACUUGGGAUGACUAAACCUGUCAUGAUUACUAGAUCACGGACAAGCCUAAUCUGUACUACAGUGUUAUGGAACAAACGGAAUCCAUUGAGGAUACUUUCAAGCCUGUAA